AUGUCUUUUUCAAGAGCUCCUUUGAAAAGGUUCAACGAGAACGUAGGUUGUGCCCCUGCACCGGGGUCCUAUGAGAUCAAACCUGGGGACCUGAAGGGAGUUGCUUCCUUCGACAAAUCUGAACGAUUCAGACUUGUUAAGGCAGCUGCUCUUCCAGCACCAUCGCCCUCCAGAAAUGACCUAAUGUCACCUGUCCGUAGGACCAUGUCGGUUGAUGGUCUUAUUGAAGGUUCAAGUGUACAGAAAGAGAGGAAUGGCAUGACCGUGGAAAGGAAGCAGCAGAAACUCUUGGAGAAAGAGAUACGGUCCCUGGUUCAGCAGCGAGGGGAGCAGGACCGUCGCUUGCUGGCUCUGGAAGAGGAGCUGAAGAAGGUGGAGGCCAAGCUGCUGGCUGCAGUCAGGGAGAAGACGGGCCUUUCUGCCAAUGUUACCACCCUCGACAGACAGCUGGCUGAGCUCAAGAAAAUCAACGAGUUCCUAAAAAACAAGGUUUCUGCUGACACCACAAAGAAGAGAAUCAUAUCUCUCACAACGGAGUUGAUCGAGGCCAGGAAUACUUUAGAUGCUAAAAACAAGGAGUUAAAUGUCCUGCAGAUUAUCACUGAAGGCCAAGUGAAGGCGCUAGAAACUGACUUGCAAGCUGCCAGGGAAACUGUCACUUCCCUGAAGGACAGGAAUAAAGACUUGGAGGACCUUCAUCAAGUGACCAAAGCCCAGAACAAAGACCUGGAGAAUGAGAAUGCUCGAUUACAUGCUGAGGUACAGGAGCUAAGGGCGGAGACCAGAGUCAUGCAGGGAUACCUGGACGCAGCCAAUGACCAGAUCCAGGAUCUCCGCUUGAACCUCAGAGAGAAAGCACAGGAGAACACUGUUGCUUGUUCUCAGGUGGAGAAAGUAAAGCAACUAGAGACCGACCUAGAGCAGCGCACCACUGAGUUAGAAACCAUCCAAGAUGUGCUGAGACAAAAAGAGGAGGCCGCACAGAUAUUCCAGCAAGAGCUGCAGGCGUCAAAGGAUGCUUUAGUGGAAGUGGAGAAGAGGUUGGAGAACCAAGAGCUGGAGCUCAAGUCUUCACAACUGUCAGUGAGUGACAUGGAGGAGCAAAUGGAUUCGGCCAACCAAGAAGUUCAGGAAUCUCGAGUUACGGUUCGACAGCAGGAGGCAGAGCUCACGAGACUGAGAGAGGUGCUCAGAAGGACGGAGAAGGAGCUGGACGAGAGAGUGGCACAUCUUGAACAGAGGUGUCUGUUCUCUGAGGAAGACAGAAGCAAGACUCAGGAGGAGGGAAUGAGGAGAGUGGAGGAGUUGAAAACGGAGCUCAUCUUGCUAAAGGAAGCUAAAAAAGAUGAGCAAAAUACACAGACUCAGCUCCAGCAAGAACAUGCAGCACUUAUUGAGGAACUGACGAAAGAAAAGGGACUUGUGGACUCCCUGUCUGUGCUGGUGGAGCAGGAGAGGGAGGAGUCUGAGGAGCGGAUGAGGCAGCUGAAGGACGAGAUGGAGGAGGUGCUGGGGGAACUCGCUGUCUUGGAGGACCAGGAGGUGGCGGAGAGGGGUCAGGAGGCCCUCGAGAUGCUGCAGGAGGAAAGGGACGAGCUGGAGAGACAGCUGAGUGAUACCAGGGCACUGUUGGAGAGUAAGAACAAUGAUGUGGCAACUUUAAAAGAGGAGCAUUUGGCAGCCAUGACAGAACUCCAGGAGGCACAUACUAAGUCACUGAGCAAGAUGGGAGACAUUGUCACGGAGCUGGAAAGCGCCAGAGAGGCUCUGCAGGGAGCAGAGAGAAGACGGAAAGAACUGGAAGUGGAGGUGGAGAGAGUGACGCAACAGGUGGAGGAGAUGGAGAAAGUGGUUCAACAGAAAGAAGAGGAGGUCAACAGAGUGAAGGGGGGGUUAGAGGAGCGGCAGUUAGCUGAAGCAAAAGCCAGGGAGGAGGAUUCAAGAAAGUUGCUGCAGGUGCAGACGGGCCUGGCACAAAAGGAUGAGGAGAUAAAAGCCAUGGAGGCGAGCCACGCUGUCCUGAUCAAUCGGCUACAGCAGGAGCUACAGCAGCAGACAAAGGAGAGAGAAGAGGCACUGGGGCAACUAGAGGAACAGAGAGGUCAGGGUGUAACUCUGCUCAAAACUGAAAUGGAAAAAGCCCAGAAACUGGUAGAGGAGGUCCGCCAGGAAAAAGAGGAAAUAAUAGAACAGCUCCGACAAGACAUAGAAGAGAAAGUUAAAUAUCAGACAGCGCUUCAGGAGGAAAAGGGAGCAUUAGAGGUUGAAAGAGAAGACCUCCAGCAGGUCAGGUCAGAGGUGCUCAGACUACAGACCGAGCUUGAGAGAGCAGACAAGGAAGGGAAGAGUCUUCUGUCUCAAGUAGAACUGAAAGAGCAGUCCAGGCUUGCUCUUGAAAACCAACUUAACAUGUCAGAGCAGGAAAGAAUUCGCCUGGAUGAGGUCGUACAAGGCGGUUUGAGCUUCCAGGCCCAAUUAGACCUUACGGAGGAGAAGACACACACUCUGCAGAGCGAGUUGGAAGAACAAAGACGAGACAGGCGGGCUCUGCAGGAGCAGAUGGAAGUACUGACUCAGGAAAAGGUUACACUGCAGUGGGAGAUGGAGGAGCAGCGACAGGAACUCCAGAGACAAAUAACAGAAGAACGGGAGAAAAGCUCCCCAAGUUCAAUGACUGAACACUGGAGGAAACAAUAUGAGGAGCUGUUUGCAAAAGUCAAGCCCUUCCAGGAACAACUCAAUGCGUUUGCAGCCGAGCGAAACGCAUUCCUCAAUGAAAAUGGAGCAAACCAGGACGAGCUGAACAAGUUGUCCAAUGCUUACGCUCGUCUGCUGGGCCACCAGAACCAGAAGCAGAAGAUCAAACAUGUGAUGAAGCUGAAAGAUGAGAAUUUCUCCCUAAAAGUGGAGGUGACUAAGCUUCGGUCUCAGGUGAACCGGCAGAAGAUUGAUCUGGAGCAGCUGAAGUCAAAGCUCCCUGGUUCUCCUUGCCCCAAGUUUGAUCCCAGCAAAGCCUUCCAGCACAACAAGGAGAACAGGCAAACUGAAGCUCUUAAAGAAGGAAAUCAUUAUGCAUAAUGGAGCUCUUCUUCCAGACAGGAAGUGACCACUUAACAACAUUUCUAUGGUUUAUCUUUUUUUUUUUUAUACUUUACUAAUACUAAUUUAGGAGAUUGUUAAUCUGGAUUUGUACAAAUAAUUUUGUUUCAAUUAAAUUUCUUCACUGGU